GGUGAUAAUUUUAGCAUUAACUGUUAAGUAUAUACCUAUUCUUUUUAAUCCACAAAUUUCUUUCAAAACACAAAGCAUUUUACACAAUUACAAAUACCCACAAAUUAAGCUCUUCAACUUCCCCACCAAAUGCUUGCUCAAAAACGCUCACAUGGCUACUCUCUAUCAAUUCCCUCACUUUCUUUAUCUGUCUUCCCGUAAACUUUUCUUAAAUUAUGAAGAAUGCAAGAUUUUCUCAAAUACCCACCACUACCCAACUCGAAAAGAUUUCAACUUUUGCAUUUGUUCGGCCAACAAAUCCAGGGCAGGAAGAAAAGUAAAGAGCAACACGGAGCUGUGCAAUGAUAUUAAGGAGUUUGUAGCUGCUGUUGGACUUCCUGAGGGUCAUGUUCCCUCUAUGAAGGAGUUUUCUGAUAAUGGAAGGAUUGAUCUUGCACACAUUGUGAGGCGGAGAGGAUACAAGUUUAUAAGAGAACUGCUUUCGGAUUUCAUGGAAGCCGAAAUUGAUGGAUCAAGUGUUGGGAGAAAGUUAGACGAGAAGGUGGAAGGUGCUACUGAUGAAAGUUCUUUAGCUACAGAAGUUUCGAUCCAGGACGAUUCUGGUAAUGACGUCAUAACUCCUGAAUGCAGUAGCAUGCCGUUAGAAUCGUUAGUUAAUGUGUUACCAAAUGAGAUUAAAAGUAUGGAUGGGGAUAUAACUUCUUCAUCGCCCACAUAUAAUAUUGAAAAUCUGGAUGACGAGGAUAAACAUGGUGAUGAAGAUAUUUCCUUGCCAUUGUUCUCUGAUAAUGUAGGACAAUUUGAGUUCUCUAGCAUGUCUGAAGAUAAAUCCUUUUCAGCUGAAGUUUUGGCUAUGAAUAACUCUUAUAGAAGUUUGAAUGGGGGUUAUGGUUCCAAUCCUAAUUCUGAAAGCUGUGUGCCUGUAGAAUCUUUAGUUGAUCACUCAUUAGAGGAAAAGGCAGUAAAUUUAUUAAAAGAUCAGGAUAAGAAGGUAACUGAUAUGGUUCAAGACAUUUCAAUUAGGAAUGAAGUAUUAAACAUGGAAAAUUCUACCAAUGAUGGUAGCGGUGUUCUAGCUUUCAAAGCCAAUGGCAAUAAUUGCCUGCCUAUUGAACCAGUAGCCAAUUCAUCUUUGGAAGAGAAGGUAGCGAAGUUCAUUAAGAGUGGAGACUUGGAUGCCGUUGAGGAUAAUGUCUAUGGCAUAUUAGAUGAGAGUGCUGAAGAAAGCAUGGGUUCCAAUGAACAAGGGAAUGAGAUUGAGAUUCAGUCAAAAAUCCUUUCUGAGGAGAACAAUAAACAUGCCGUUAACAGAAGUGAUGCUCCUUUUCCAUGGCCUGGGAUUAUAUCAAUAUCCAAGAAUGAUGAUUUACCAUCUGAAAGUCUAGUCAGUUCUGAUCUUGACAAGAAUUUGGAUGUUGAGACAAGCAAAAGAGAGAACGGAGCGGAGAUUAGUCGUCUCAAAUUUAUGCUGCAUCAAAAGGAGUUGGAAUUAUCACUUUUAAAGGAACAAAUUGAGAAGGAAAAGCUUGCUUUAUCUGAUUUACAAAACAAGGCUGAAAUGGAAAUUCGAAAAGCUCAAAAACUUGUCUCGGAAAAGGGUGCUGAACUGCUUGCUGCUGAAGAAAGUCUUUAUGGACUAGUAGAGGUCGAGAUUCAAUACAACGGGGAUGCUGAAAUUGUGGAAGUGGCGGGCAGUUUCAAUGGUUGGCACCACAAUAUUAAACUGGAUCCUAAGACAUCUUCUAGCAUUAUAGAUCAUUCUCGGUCAAGGAAAUCCAAACUUUGGUCAACAAUGCUGUGGCUAUAUCCUGGUGUGUAUGAGAUAAAAUUCAUUGUUGACGGCCAUUGGACGAUUGAUCCUCAAGGAGAGGUGGUUACCAGGGGUGGAUUUUCGAACAAUAUUCUCCGAGUUGUUGGAUGAAUGUGUAUCACAGCAUACUUUACUUUUGGAAGACGAUCUAAUUGAUCUUCAAAGAACACUUUGAUCAGUUCAUGUUUUGAUAACAUCAGAUGGGCGAAAGAGGUUAAAUUUGGGACCUGUAUACGGAACAUGGUAACUUAUGCAAGAUUCUACCAUGAAAAUUAGGGAUUGUAGGCUCUUAGCCCUGUCGUGUACAAAGCUUUCAUCGAUUUUCUGUAUAAAUUUGAGUUGUGUUUCCCGUUCUAGAGAACGUAGAGGAACUAAUUUAGAUUUUUUUUUUAGGAAAUUUCUUAGGAGAAAUUGAAGUUGCUUAAUAAGAAAAGGAGUUGUUUCAUGUAUGUAUAGUUGACACUGAUAUAAAUUUAGAUUGAGCAAUAAUCAAUUUAGCAGAGAUUUAGAAUGGAA